AUGUCUUCCAAGCGACCAGCCUCUCCGUAUGGGGAAGCAGAUGGAGAGGUAGCCAUGGUGACAAGCAGACAGAAAGUGGGAGAAGAGGAGAGUGACGGGCUCCCAGCCUUUCACCUUCCCUUGCAUGUGAGUUUUCCCAACAAGCCUCAGUCUGAGGAAUUUCAGCCAGUUUCUCUGCUGACGCAAGAGAACUGUGGCCAUAGGACUCCCACUUCUCAGCACAACACAAUGGAAGUUGAUGGCAAUAAAGUGAUGUCUUCAUUUGCCCCGCACAACUCAUCUACCUCACCCUUGAAGGCAGAAGAAGGUGGGCGUCAGAGUGGAGAGUCCUUGUCCAGCACAGCCCUGGGAACCCCGGAGAGGCGCAAGGGGAGCCUUGCAGAUGUCGUGGACACCCUGAAGCAAAGGAAAAUGGAAGAGCUCAUCAAAAACGAGCCAGAAGAAACUCCCAGUAUUGAAAAGCUACUAUCAAAGGACUGGAAAGACAAGCUUCUUGCCAUGGGAUCAGGGAACUUUGGAGAAAUAAAAGGGACUCCAGAAAGCCUCGCUGAGAAAGAAAGGCAGCUCAUGGGUAUGAUCAAUCAGCUGACCAGUUUGAGGGAACAGCUGCUAGCAGCUCACGAUGAACAGAAGAAGCUGGCUGCAUCUCAGAUCGAGAAACAACGCCAGCAAAUGGAGCUGGCUAAGCAGCAACAAGAACAGAUUGCAAGACAACAGCAGCAGCUUCUGCAGCAGCAACACAAAAUUAACCUUCUUCAGCAACAGAUCCAGGUCCAGGGUCAGCUGCCUCCAUUAAUGAUUCCCGUAUUCCCUCCAGACCAACGAACCCUAGCAGCAGCAGCACAGCAAGGAUUCCUUCUUCCUCCUGGUUUCAGCUACAAGGCGGGAUGCAGUGACCCCUACCCCGUUCAGCUGAUCCCAACUACCAUGGCAGCUGCUGCCGCAGCAACACCGGGCUUAGGCCCACUCCAACUGCAGCAGUUGUAUGCUGCCCAACUUGCUGCGAUGCAAGUGUCUCCGGGAGGCAAGAUUCCUGGCAUUCCCCAGGGGAACCUUGGUGCUGCCGUGUCCCCUACCAGCAUCCACACAGACAAGAGCACAAACAGCCCUCCACCCAAAAGCAAGGAUGAAGUGGCCCAGCCUCUGAACCUUUCAGCCAAACCCAAGACAUCUGAUGGCAAAUCUCCCACAUCACCCACCUCUCCUCACAUGCCAGCUCUGAGAAUAAACAGUGGGGCCAGUUCACUAAAGUCCUCCGUGCCAGCAACAUUAGCGAGUCCUUCGGCCAGAGCCAACACAAUAGACAUCCUUUCUUCUAUCACGUCGUCAGGUUAUUUAAAUGACCACGAUGCUGUUACCAAGGCAAUCCAGGAGGCCCGACAGAUGAAGGAGCAGCUACGGAGGGAGCAGCAGGUGCUGGAUGGGAAGGUGGCCGUGGUGAACAGCCUGGGUCUCAAUAACUGCAGGACAGAAAAAGACAAAACAACACUGGAGACCCUGACUCAGCAGCUGGCAGUAAAACAGAACGAAGAUGGGAAGUUCAGCCAUGCAAUGAUGGAUUUCAACAUGAGUGGAGAUUCUGACGGAAGCGCAGGAGUUUCAGAGUCUCGGAUUUACCGGGAAUCCCGAGGGCGUGGUAGCAAUGAGCCCCACAUCAAGCGCCCAAUGAAUGCGUUCAUGGUGUGGGCUAAGGAUGAACGGAGGAAGAUCCUUCAAGCCUUCCCUGACAUGCACAACUCCAACAUCAGCAAGAUACUAGGAUCUCGCUGGAAAGCUAUGACAAACCUAGAGAAGCAGCCAUACUAUGAGGAGCAGGCCCGGCUCAGCAAACAGCACCUGGAGAAAUACCCAGACUACAAAUACAAGCCCAGGCCGAAGCGUACCUGCCUUGUAGAUGGCAAAAAGCUACGCAUUGGCGAGUACAAGGCCAUCAUGCGCAACAGACGCCAGGAGAUGAGGCAGUACUUUAAUGUUGGGCAACAAGCACAGAUCCCCAUUGCCACAGCGGGUGUAGUGUACCCAGGAGCCAUUGCCAUGGCGGGAAUGCCUUCCCCACACCUGCCCUCGGAGCACUCGAGCGUGUCCAGCAGCCCAGAGCCUGGCAUGCCCGUCAUCCAGAGCACUUACGGGGUCAAGGGUGAGGAGCCACACAUCAAGGAGGAGAUGCAGCCUGAUGACGUCAACGGAGAGAUCUAUGACGAGUACGAUGAGGAGGAGGAUGACCCCGAUGCAGACUAUGGCAGUGACAGUGAAAACCACAUUGCGGGGCAAGCCAACUGAUCGGGGCCCCAAUGUCUCGUGACCUGCAGGACUUCAAGGAGAAAACAAAAAAAAAUAAAUAAAGCCCCAUCUGGUUUAUCCUUGCCAGUGGCCAAGCACAUUAACUUUCUCAUACACUGACUGUUACUUUAACUGUUAGUCUUAACUAGUUGGGACAUCAGCUGACUAAUAGACAUCAGCCUGCAUCAGAAGAAAAAAGGCUCAGAAGAAAGGAAACAAAGGCAAC